CGAACUUUUGACAGCGAACAUGGAUGUCUCUUGUAUCUCCCAUGAAAACAUAAAUAAAUGGCCACCGUUGCUAUUACGAUUUUCCUAAUCACACAAUUUUAUGUUUUUAAGAUGGACGACGCCUCCACGGUGAAACCGAGAAAUAUAUCCCAGCGAGAGCAACGGUGGAGCAUGAAUUCCCAAAGGCUGGAGGAAAUAGUGGCGGAGCUGAUGAAGCCCAUCAGCGACGUCCGCCGCAGCUUCGACACGGACCUCAGCGCGUUGUUGGAGGAAUACCUGACGGAGGCGGGCCUGCACGCGCUGGACGCGGAGGAGCAGGGCGGCGCGGCCGUCAUCCCCAACUUCGCGGAGCUGGCGCUGCUGCUGCAGCAGUCGGCCAGCAUCUACAGCCGCAAGGUGGACUUCCUCUACCAGCACGUCCUCGACGUCAGCGACUCGCUGCACCAGAGCACGCAAGAGAUUCGCAACGCGACUGCGGCCGAGGGCUCGGUGGCGGAGGCGGCGACGCCGGCGGGCGCGCGGCGCAAGCGCAAGGCGUCGGGCGCGGCUGAGGACUUCGCGGCGCUGGUGCUGGAGGGCGGCGCGGCGCCGCGGCGCGAGGCGGCGGCGCGGCCCCCGCCCACGCUGCCGCGCAUGUUCGUGGAGCUGGAGCCGCGCGCGCCGAGCGACGCCGACGCGCCGCUCUGCGACUACGCGGGCGAGCCCGUGGGGCUGCUGCCCGACUUCCACGUGGCCUGGCGCCUGCAGGACGGAUUCCUGGUGGAGGAGCUGCGGAACGCGGCGACCGGCGGCGCGGCGCCGCGCCCCUUGCCGCUCGCCGAGCUAUCGGCCGCCAUCGCCGCCGCCGCGCCAGCCGAGCCGCCGCCGCUGCCGCCGCGCUCGCCGUCCCCGCCGCCGCCACCGCGCUCGCCCUCGCCGCCACCGUCCGCCGCCUCGCCGCCGCCCGCCGCCGAGCCGCCGGACGCCAAGCGCGAGCGCAAGCGGCGCAGCGACGUGUGCCUCGAAGACGUGCUGGACGCGCAGCUGCGCCUCACGCUCACGCCAGCGCUGCGGCGGCGGCUGCAGACGGAGCGCGAGUUCAGCGUGCCCGACACGUGGCUGCGGCGCGUGGUGCGCGCGCGCAGCCGCGCCGUGCUCGAGCACCGGCGCGCGCUGCACGCGCAGGCCGCCGACGAGAAAGAGCUGCGCGGGUUCGACGCGGCGCUCUCCGCGGACGUGGGAGGGUUCGCGGGCUGGAGCAGCGCGGAGACGACGGAGGCCACGCAGCUGGCCGCCGCGCGCCGCGCGGACGAGAGCGACGACGACGGCUUCUUCGAGCAGAGCUCGCUGGGCGACUCGGACACGUCGCGCGUCGACGACUGCAGCCCCGCCGGCCCCACCGCGCUGCCGAGCGUGCCCGAGUGGUCGUCGUGGCGCGCGCGGGUGGUGGCGCGCGCGGCGGCGGGCGAGGCGCGCGGGCGCGACGUGCAGAGCGCGGCCGGCGCGCUGCUGGCGGCGUGCGGCGAGCUGCCGCCCGCGCCGGCCUUCCCUGCGCUGCUCGCGCGCACCGCCAAGGACCCGUCCGACGUGGCCGAGCUAUUCCUGGCGACGCUCUUUCUGGCGAACGCGGGCAACGUGGAGAUCGUGCAAGGAGCGCCGCUGUCGCUGGACUCGUUCCGCGUGAAGCUGCUCAGCGACGACCAGCGCCUGUACCGCGCCGCGCUGGCCGCGCCCGCCGAGCCGCACGGGUAGCGCCGCCGUAGGGAGUUCCGCACGCCGCGGCCGCGCGUCGCCGCCGCAGUUUCAAGUCGUCUGCGUACCUCGUAGGAUGCUCGGAACCUCGGAAGGAACGGUCGGCUUUUUAUAUUUUUACGCGAUUUUAUUA